AUGGACAAGACUUGGACACGGGCUGAGUUGGCUGCCACGCUCUGCCAUGAUAGGGGUUCAAGAGGACUGAGUCAGAAUUGCUAUGCACCCUUCCAAUCACCGCGGCCAUCUCCCAAGUCUGAAGAGGCUGAUGAGGUGAGCGAGGAGUCUUUGAAGGCUGACAUUCAGAAACUGAAGGAGAAGCAAGACAUGCUGGACAAGGAGAUCUCCCAGCUAGUACCAGAGGGCUACCAUGUGAUUGAACUGGCGGACCACAUGGCCCUCCUCCAUUAGUACAAUGACGUCAAGGAUGUAGCCCAAAUGCUACUAGGCAAGCUGGCUGUGACCCGAGGUGUCACCACCAAGGAGCUAUAUCCAGAUUUUGAUCUAGACCUGAGUGGCUGA